AUGCGCCGGAACGUCCGCUGGGCAGCCGGCGGCGACGACGACCCCCUCGAUCACCCCCUCGUCGCGGGCCUCAAGUCCCUCCGCCGCGCGGCCGCGGCGUGGGGCACGCGCCGGUGGCGGGACGUCGAGCCGCUCCUCUACCUCGGCCCCUUCCUCGACGUCGUCCGCUCCGACGAGGCCGGCGCGCCCGCCACGGGCGCCGCGCUCUCGUCCCUCCACAAGAUGCUCUCCCUCGACCUCGUCGGCCCCGACGCGCCGAACGCUGUCGAGGCCAUGUCCGCCGUCGUGGAGGCCGUCGCGGGGUGCCGCUUCGAGGUCACCGACGCGGCGUCGGAGGAGGCCGUCCUGGCCAGGGCGCUGCAGGUGCUGCUCGCCUGCGUGCGCGGCCGCGCCGCGCCGGCGCUCUCCAACCGCCACGUCUGCGACAUCGUCAACACCUGCUUCCGCGUCGUGCAGCAGGCCGGUGCCAAGGGGGAGCUGCUGCAGCGCGUGUCCCGGCAGACCAUGCAGGAGGUGGUCCGGUGUGUCUUCGCCCGCCUGCCCGACAUUGAUCCCACCGCGGUUGCAGACCACAAGGCAGUUUUUAUGCAGAUUGCUGGUAGCAAGAACGAAGCUUCAAGUGCUAGCGAAAUGGGGAACGGGAGCGAUUCUGUGUGCUUGAGUAGCUCACAGGAUGAGGUUGGAUGUGAAUUUGGUGUUGUGCAAGACAAGGCCAUGAUGGAGCUGUUUGGGGUUCCUUGCAUGGUAGAAAUAUUGCAAUUUUUGUGCUCUCUGUUGAACAUAGCAGAAGACAGUCAGGUCGACCCAAAUAUGAAUCCAAUUGACUUUGACGAGGAUAUACCACUCUUUGCUCUGGGGUUGAUCAAUUCUGCUAUUGAGCUGUCAGCUUCGUCCAUACAGAGACACCCAAAACUACUGGCUUUUGUACAAGAUGAACUGUUCUGCAAUCUAAUGCAGUUUGGCUUGUCAGAUAGCCCCUUGAUUCUGUCGACCGUAUGCAGUGUUAUUUUUACACUCUUCUACCAUUUACGUCGGGAACUGAAGCUGCAAAUUGAGGCUUUCUUUGCGUGUGUGAUCCUUAGGCUAACCCAGAGUAGAUAUGGAGCUAGUUACCAGCAGCAGGAAGUUGCCCUGGAGACUCUAGUGGAUUUUUGCCAGCAGAAAGAUUUUAUGGUCGAGAUGUAUACAAAUAUGGAUUGUGAUUUACAGUGCUCUAAUGUUCUUGAAGACCUGGUUAAUGUUCUGUCCAAAAGUGCAUUCCCUGAGGAGAGUACCUUGUCAACAUUAAAUUUGCUUGCUUUGGAUGGUUUGCUUGCUGUCAUUCAGGCAAUAGCAGAGAGGAUUGGUAAUUUACCUCAGCACUGCCAGCAGCCAGUGCAAGAAUUAAGUGAAUAUUUUUCCUUUUGGCAGUUAAAGUGUGAGAACAUUGAUGAUCCUGAUCAAUGGGUUAGAUUUGUUAACCAGCAGAAAAGCAUCAAGAGAAAGCUAAUGGUUGGCGUUGAACAUUUUAAUAGCGAUAAAAGGAAGGGCUUUGAGUACCUGCAAGCUGCUCAUCUCUUGCCUGAAAAACUUGAUCCACAAAGUGUUGCCCUGUUUUUCCGCUACUCGCCUGGAUUAGACAAGAAUCUUCUCGGGGACUAUCUGGGGAAUCAUGACGAGUUCUCCAUUCAGGUCCUCCAUGAAUUUUCUAGAACCUUCGACUUCAAGGAGUUGAACUUGGAUGCUGCCUUAAGGCUCUUCUUGGAAACCUUUCGGCUGCCUGGUGAAUCACAGAAGAUACAAAGGAUUCUUGAGGCCUUUUCUGAUAGGUACUAUGAAGAGUCACCAGACUUGUUCGUUAACCGGGAUGCUGCUCUGGUGCUGUCGUACUCAGUAAUCUUGCUCAACACGGACCAACACAAUGUACGGGUUAAGAAUAAGAUGUCAGAAGAAGAUUUUAUUAGGAACAAUCGCCGUAUCAAUGGUGGGAAUGAUCUUCCAAGGGGAUUUUUAUCUGACCUAUAUUAUUCUAUUUGUCGAAAUGAAAUCAAAACCAUUCCCGAGCAAGGAGUUGGAUGCUCAGAGAUGUCUUUCAGCCGCUGGGCUGAUCUGAUGUUUAAGUCAAAGAGGGCAUCAGCUUACAUUGCUUGUCACUCCUAUCCUUUUCUUGAUCAUGACAUGUUUCUUAUCAUGGCCAGGCCAACAGUUGCUGCUAUCUCAGUGAUCUUUGAUAAUGUUGAGCAAGAAGAGAUUCUUACAAGAUGCAUUGAUGGGUUUCUGUCAGUGGCAAAGCUGGCUGCAUUCUAUCAUCUUAAUGAUGUGCUGAAUGAUCUUGUUGUGGCACUUGGUAAGUUCACCAUUUUGUCGAUCGCCUUUGAUGAUCCUGCAACAGCUUUUGGUGAGGAUGCCAAGGCUAGAAUGGCAACAGAGGCCCUUUUCACUAUAGCAGCAACUCAUGGUGAUCACAUAAACAGAGGAUGGAGGACCAUUGUAGAUUGCAUUUUAAGAUUCCAUAAGAUAGGUCUCCUUCCUUCUUGUCUCACCAACGGUACAGCUGGUGAUCAGGAGUCCUUCUCUGCUUCGUUGCCUAGCAAGGUUUCCUCCUCAUCUCCCGCUGCCCCUCAAGUUGAGCCAAUCAGGAUUCCUAAGAAAACAUAUGGGCUGAUGGGGAGGUUCACCCAGCUACUGUAUUUAGAUGCUGAAGAGCAAAGGUUCCAGCCAACAGAGGAGCAACUUGCUGCUCAGAGGAAUGCUUCAGAGACCAUCAAGAAGUGCCAAAUAGGUACCAUCUUCACCGAGAGCAAAUUCUUACAAGCUGACUCGCUCUUGAAUCUGGCAAGAGCCCUCAUUCAAGCAGCAGGCCGACCUCAGAAGAUCACCAGCUCAAUAGAUGUUGAAAGCAAUGCAGUCAUCUGCUUAGAGCUUAUUGUUGCCGUCACAUUAAACAACAGAGACAGGAUUGUUCUCUUAUGGCGUGAUGUUUAUGAGCACAUAACUCAUAUUGUUCAGUCCACAGUAAUGCCCUGUAAUCUGGUGGAGAAAGCUGUUUUUGGCCUCCUGGACAUCUGCCAGCGUUUGCUUCCUUAUAAGGAGAACCUCGUGGAUGAUCUACUGAGGUCGCUUCAGUUAAUCUUGAAACUUGAUGCUCGUGUGGCUGAUGCGUAUUGCGAGAGCAUCACCCAGAAGGUUGCAUGCCUUGUCAAGGAUAACGCAACACAUAUCAAGUCUCAGAUGGGUUGGCAAACUAUCAUUUCCUUGCUGUGUGUCACUGCUCAUCAUCCUGAUGCUUCUGACGCUGGUUUUGAAGCCCUGGUUUACAUCAUGUUUGAGGGGGCACAUCUCUCACCUGCCAACUUCGUCCUUUCGGUGGAGGCCUCGAGACAGUUUGCACAGUCUCGGCUCGGGUCUGCUGAAAGAUCUAUCCAUGCUUUGAACCUAAUGGCUGAAUCAGUGAAUUGCCUUGCACGCUGGUCACAUGAGGUUAAGGAAGCUGGUGGAGAGGCCGAAAGGAUGUUGGAAGGAAUCACUGAGAUGUGGCUGCGGCUAGCCCAGGCCCUGCGGAAGGUGUGCACAGAUCAGCGAGAACAAGUGAGGGAUCAUGCUCUGGUAUUGUUGCACAGAUGCUUAGUAGUUGAUGGGAUAUCAGUUCCAUCUUCGGCGUGGUUGAUGUCAUUCGACAUUGUCUUCCAGUUGCUCGAUGAAUUGCUAGAGAUUGCUCAGAAUUUCUCGCCAAGGGAUUAUAGAAGCAUGGAGGCGUCUCUCUUGCAUGCUGUAACACUGUUAUCCAAACUAUCCUUGCAGUCACUCAAUGAUCUUUCGGCACAUAGCGGUUUCAGUAAGCUGUGGGUGGAGGUACUGGACAUGGUAGAGAAGCUCAUGAAAGUCAAAGUAAGAGGGAGCAGCAGGACCGAGAAGUUACAAGAGGCUGCCACAGAGCUACUCAAGAACAUUCUGCUGGCGAUGAAAGCGAGCGGGAUCUUAUCGAGGACGAGAGCCGGCGGGGAGAGCAGUUUGUGGGAAGCAACAUGGCUUCAGGUUAACAAGAUCGCGCCUUCACUUCAGUCAGUAGUUUUCCCUGGUUAUGAUGAUGCAGUACAAGGUUCACAAAGCAAGUUGGAUAUUCCAGCGGUUUCUGAGGGGAGGUUGGUCCCAGUUUAG